AUGCCAUGGUGCGCAAGGGUGCAGGCCAAGGUGGGAAAAGGGACAAAAGUCGUUUUCAAAAAGGCGGUGCUAAGGGUGGCAGUGGUUUUAGGUGUGGUCGUCAAGGUCACUUUGGACGUGACCCAGAGUGCCCCGCACGGGGGCAGGAGUGUCGGAAAUGCGGAAAAGCUGAUCACUUCGAAAAAGUUUGUCGUUCGAAAAAAGGGAACCAAGGAGGAGCAAUCGGCUCCAAAAGGGGGUGCUAAAGGAUCGCAAAAGAAACAACGAUCGUGUUACGUGGAAACACCGAAUUCAGAUUCGGAUUCUGAAGCGUUGUUUGCUGUUCAUUCUUCAACGGAACGAUCCGAGAUUAAGGUUGAUGUGCAGGUGUGCGAUAAAUCAGUGUCUUUUGUUGUGGACACCGCCGCAGCGGUAUCCGUUAUACUGCAUGAAAUGUAUCGAUCACAAUUUGCAUCAGUGCCAAUUCAGGAAAGUGAAAUGCGUCUGAAAAGUUAUUCAGGAAAUCCGAUUCCGGUGGUCGGAGAAAUUUGUGUGCCUGUUGUGUAUAAGGGGCAAAAAGCUGAGUUACCCCAAGUAGUAGCAAAAGGUGAAAAGGAGGCGCUAUUGGGCCGACAUUGGCUCAGGGUUAUCAAGCUUGAUUGGAAGCAUAUUUUUGGUGUUUUUAGUGAUGACCCCGAGGUUGAGAAGCUCAUUCAGCGUUACCCUUCUGUUUUUAGUGGGAAAACAGGUACUAUUACUUGGUUCAAGGCAGACUUGAAGCUUAAAGAGGGCGCUACGCCAAUCUUUUGUGAGGCUAGGCCAGUCCCAUACUCCAUCAAGUCUAGAGUCGGUCUUGAACUUGACAGGUUGGCUGAGGUGGGAAUUCUAAAAAAGGUGGAAACCAGUGAGUGGGCUUCUCCGAUCGUGGUUGUCCCCAAGGCAUCGGGUGAACUGCGAAUUUGUGGUGACUUUAAGGUGACAAUCAAUAAAUCGUUGGAGGACAAUAGCUAUCCAUUACCUACGGCAGAUGACUUGUUUUCAACGCUGGCUGGUAGCGAAGUGUUCUCUAAGUUAGAUUUAACCCAGGCAUACCAACAAUUGGAGCUCACGGAGGCGUCAAAGCCGUUGUGUACGAUAAAUACGCAUCAGGGUCUUUACCAAUUCCAGAGACUGCCUUUUGGCGUAAAAACAGCGCCAUCUAUUUUCCAGUCUGUCAUGGAUCGUGUGUUGGUCAAUAUACCCGGCGUUGGGUGUAUUUUGGAUAACAUUUUGACGGGAACAAAACCUGAGGAGCAUCUGCGUCGUUUGGAGGAUGUCUUGAAACGGUUGGCCAAGCACCACAUUGUGGCCAAGCUACCUAAGUGUAGGUUCCGCGUACCGGAAGUUGUCUAUUUCGGUCAUCGUGUUAAUGCUGAGGGUCGCGCGUGUGUACCAGAGAAGGUGGACGCUAUUUUGAAAGCAAAAACGCCAACUAACGUUGCAGAGUUGCGCACUUUUCUGGGCAUUGUAGGCUAUUAUGGGGCCUACUUGCCAAACUUGUCAACUACGUUUUCGCCAUUAUAUCGUUUACUCCGUGGCGAUGUACCGUGGGAGUGGACUGAUGACUGUAAUAAAGCGCUAGAGCAAGUGAAAAAGGAACUAACUAGUGAUCGCGUUUUGGUGCACUAUGAUACCAAGAAGGAGUUCUGGACGAGUCUUUUUUUAUCGUGUGUUCAGAUUAACAAUAAUAGAUCAGAUAGAUUAUUUUCCGUGUUCCAUAGGGGUUAG